CAUGUGACAAAACCGCCGCCGCCAGUCCGCUGCUCACUGCUCCUCUGUGGAUUCAGCUGUGACGGCGUGCGGUGGUUCUCUCCAACAUGACUAUAGAAGCGUGGUACAUGGACACCUCUGAUGAGGACCAGAGGAAGCCCCACAGGCUGGAGCCGAACCAGCCGGUUUCCAUGGAAGACCUGAGCCGGCUCGGAGUGUUUUACUGGAAGCUGAAUGCUGAUAUCUAUGAAGCAGACCCAGAGCUGGAAAAAAUCCGCAAAGAGCAAGGCUACAGCUAUAUGGACAUCAUUACUAUUCGCAAGGACACACUCCCCAACUAUGAGGACAAGCUGAAGAUGUUCUUUACUGAGCACUUGCACUUGGAUGAUGAGAUCCGCUACAUCCUGGACGGCCGGGCCUACUUUGACAUCAGGAACAAGGAGGACCGAUGGAUCCGAAUCGCCAUGAGUAAAGGAGACCUGAUCACCCUGCCGGCCGGCAUCUACCACCGCUUCACCCUGGAUGAAACGAACUACGCUAAAGCCAUGAGGCUGUUUGUGGGGGAACCGGUGUGGAAGGCUUACAACAGGCCCGCCGAUGACUUUGACAUCCGCCACAAGUACGUGGCUUCUCUGCAGACAUCCUGAGAGGCUACGAGGUGGAUUCAAAAUAUGACCACUGCUCACGCUGAAUCAGAGCUUCUCCUGUGAUUGGACGGAGGCAAAUGAUUUGGAGUUACAAGUAGAAUGUUGAGAAAACUUGUAUAGAUGAUUAAAGCUGUCCUGUAGCAAAGCAAUCAUAUUGAACACCAAGAGGCCUUUUAGUGAUGAAUGGAAUGAUGUAGCCUCCACGAGGAGUCUUAUAGGGUACAAUUUACAUAAAUACAUUUCAUUGUAUGCUAUUUUAUACUGCUACAUUAAUUAUAGACUUUUUGUUUUUUUAAAACUAAACAUGACAUGUCAAAAAUUAUUAGCACCUCUAUUCAGUAGUCAGUGUUGGUCAGUGUAUUGGUCACAUAAGAUUUCACGAUAAAUCAAAACUUGUCAUGGGCAGAAGGACAUUUAGCUGCGUGAUCACACCAUAAAAUAUAACACAUUACCAAAAACGACCCAACAACCCUUCACAUAGUUACAUCUAGCUUCAUGUCAGACACAUUAAAGCUUCAUGCAUCAGGAACAAUAAUGUAACCUAACAUGUUUUAAAGGCACCAUUCUGCACGAGUACUUUUACCACAGUGUAAAUGUAGUACUUUAGGCUUCUAAUGGAACAUCACUUGUUUUAGUUUAGGGUCUGAAUACUUGUUUCACAUCAUGAUAAGCUUAUAAAUGCCUUAUUCAGACCUGGACAUGAAAAUGAAUCAUUCAAUCACUAUUUUCUAGUUUUAUACUCUAAUCUGUCUGGAUCAAUAAAGACAAAUCACAUGAUCUAACUGAGCUAAAGGGGUAAAGCAUCACUGACAGAUUAAUAUACACUUUGUAUUGUAUAAACAAAUAAAGCUGCUAUAAUUUUC